AUGCCGGGAAUCGAAGCGGGAGGAGCCAGUCGCGAUGCCACUUUGACAUUCCAGGACUCGUUGUACGACCAGGCCAGAGCAAUGAGCCAUCUUUCGGUGCAUUACGGCUCCCACAACGAGAACAUACAGGAGCUUUUGGAAGCGCUGGUCUUGGUGGCAAGCAGCGGACGCAAACUUAUUUUUUUGGGCACAGGCAAGUCAUUCAAAAUCGUGCACAAGUCAGUAGCGAUGCUAACAUCGCUUGGUAUAGACGCCCGUGCAUUGCACCCCAGCGAAGCGCUACAUGGUGACAUGGGCGCGGUGAGACCUGGCGAUGCUUUGUUGGUGUGUUCCAGCAGUGGCGAGACCCAGGAGCUUGUGACGUUUUUGAAGCACACCAAAACGGUGCUGGAGCCCUCUCUGACAGUAUUGGUAUCGUCAAGUACGCAUUCCACGCUGCACACACUCGUGGACAAAGUGUUGUACGUUCCACAACCACACGGGUUCCGUGAAACAACACUGCAGCACGGGUUGCCGUCCCCCACCAUUUCCACUACUCUUAUGCUGUCGGUUUUGGAUUCGUUUUGUUUGGCGCUAUCUGAACUGUAUUACGACGGCGACGUGGAACAGAGGUUACGGUUUUUCAAGAAAAUGCACCCUGGCGGUGGUAUUGGCAAACAGCUGGCUGUGGCCACUGUUGCGGAGCCCCUGGCGGUAGCUCACGCGAUGGGACCACGCCCUGGUUUCCCCAGCAGAAACGAAUGCUAUAUUUCGUGCGACGUGUCAGAAGGUUUAUUCUUGCAGUACGUGGUGGAGUUUGAUUACUGCGUGAUUGAAGGUGUGCGGUACAGCUCGCAUGUGUUGCAGCACUGGUAUCGGACCUGGAAGCGUAUGUCGCGCGAACAAACACAUCCCAAGACCGCGUUGAAUGGGAGCUGGGAUCUGGCGUGGGUGCUGGCACCUCGGUCCGCAACAGAAGCCGUUUGA